UGCGUUCCAUUUUCGGGAGGCGCUAAGCCUUCCAGCGCCGGGCCUGCUCCCGGGCUCACAGCGCAGUUACUACCGAACACUGCCCGUCGCUUCGCGGGAGCUGUGCGGAGAAGCGGAACGUAUCACUUCCGCCUCCCCCAGGCCAGGCCCGGGGAAGGAUGGCGGCGGCAAUGGCAGAGGCCGAACGGUACUGUGUGGCCGAGGAGCGGAGCGGACACUGCGCUGUAGUGGACGGGAACUUCCUCUACGUCUGGGGGGGAUAUGUGUCUAUUGAAGACAAUGAAGUGUAUUUGCCUAAUGAUGAAAUUUGGAUCUAUGAAAUUGACAAUGGUUUAUGGACAAUGCACCUCAUGGAAGGAGAACUCCCUACAUCCAUGUCAGGAAGUUGUGGUGCUUGCAUUAAUGGAAAACUAUACAUUUUUGGAGGAUAUGAUGACAAAGGAUACAGCAAUAGACUCUAUUUUGUUAAUUUACGAACAAGAGAUGGAACAUUCCAGUGGGAAAAAAUCAUCAACUUUAAAGGACAGCCACCUACACCACGAGACAAACUUUCUUGCUGGGUAUAUAAAGACAGGUUAAUAUAUUUUGGUGGUUAUGGAUGUAGGAAGCACAGUGAACUCCAAGACUGUUUUGAUGUUCACGAUGCAUCUUGGGAAGGACAGAUAUUCUGGGGCUGGCAUAAUGAUGUUCAUGUUUUUGAUACAAGCACACAGACUUGGUUUCAACCAGAAAUUAAAAAUGGAAUUCCACCACAGCCUCGAGCAGCUCACACAUGUGCAGUACUUGGAAAUAAGGGCUAUAUUUUUGGAGGACGAGUAUUGCAAACUAGGAUGGAUGAUUUACACUGUCUGAACUUAGAUACAUGGACUUGGUCUGGAAGAAUUUCUACUAAUGGAGAGAAACCAAAACAUCGGUCUUGGCAUACUUUGACACCAAUUGCUGAUGAUCAGCUUUUUCUGUUUGGUGGAUUAAGUGCAGAGAAUAUUCCUCUAAGUGAUGGGUGGAUUCACAAUAUUAUAACAAAUGGUUGGAGACAGCUUACACAUUUGCCUAAGACAAGACCCAGGUUAUGGCAUACUGCCUGUCUGGGAAAAGAAAAUGAAGUAAUGGUAUUUGGUGGGAGCAAAGAUGAUUUACUUUUUAUGGAUACUGGUCACUGUAAUGAUUUAUUGAUCUUUCAAACUCAACCUUAUUCACUUCUCAGGUUAUGUCUCGACUGCAUUGGUAAAAAUGCUGUCAUCUUAGAAAGUCAGAUAACUUUAUUACCUCCAAAGCUUCUUCAGCAAGUCCUCAAAAAAAUAACCUUUUGGACUGCAGCUAAUCAUCGACAAGAACAAAGAGCCAAAAUUGAAGAAACAGAUAAAUAUCUUUGAAUUAAUAUUGUUAUAUACUAUUUAUAUUUAAUAUGUUUAACAUUUUGGAAAAGACUGCUGUUAAUAGAGUUUUAAUUCUGGUCUUCCCCCCAAAAAAUAGUGUUUGGCAGCAAAAAAGAUACUUUUGGAGGGAUUCUAUAACAAUGGUGGAUAUUAGAUGCUUGAAUGAUAGUUUCAUUAAAAAAUUUAAUAGUCCACCUUUCAAAUAAAUUAUACUAAAGUUAUUCCCCUGGAAAAUUAUUAACUAACAGAAAAUAAGAAUUUAUACCAUUGUUCACUCUUCCCUGAAAAUAUUAUGCAAAAUAUUCAGGAAAAUGAGACUGAAGUCUAAGGACUUUCAGGAAUCUGAAUAAAUACAUGUUCCCUGAAACACUAUAUAUUGUACUUUUGUUACUGAUAUUCAGAGAGAAUAAAUUCUCUCAAGUAACUUAACAAUCUUAAGUUUUUCUUUAUAACCUAAUAAAUAUUGCUUAUGUUAGCCAUGGGAAAAAAAAAUAUAUAUAUAAAUGUUGGGAUGGGUGAUAUCAAACAUUGAACUGUCCUGCCUUUUUACAUACUUAUGUUUCUGAGACAUCUUUAUUAUUUUAAUCAGCCAGGGAGUAAAGUUAGCUACGGUGGAUGUUAUCAGAUGUGUAGUUAAUUUUGUGUAUAUCCAACAACAUGGUUACAUGGGUGAAGUAGCAAUUAGGUGAGUAGUGUGGGUUCAUUAAGAAGUAGGUUAUGUGGUGACUUACAGUCCUGUAAAAAUAUAAUUUGCCUCAUAAGAAUGCUUCCUUGUAAAAUUUUUAUGUUGAUAAUAAUUCAAUAACGAUUCAAAAUAAGUUCCUCUCCUUAAUUACUUCUAAAAUAUAGAGGUGAUACUUAGGAUGUUUGGGUGAUGAAUGUAAAAUAUAUUCAAUGUAUAUUAUAUUCAUUUUAAUUUCUAAUACUGCUACUUAUGUGUAAAUGGCAGGCUAGAUUAAUAUCAGUUAGUCCUUUAAACUAUGCUAAAGAAUGUCUUCUUGGUGUGACCACAGUCUUCCAUUUUAUUCGUCUCCCACAUUCUUGACCUUUAUUCCAGAAUUGAAAUUAUUUUCUGAUGCCAACAAACUAUUUGAAAUGUAUUAGCAUAAAAUAUUUCUACAUUGAAAUAUAAUUAGUAAUGCAAAUUGUAAUAUAGUUUGUUGUAUCUCUAAUCACUGAAAGUUUUUAGAGAUAUAUUUUAUAUAUAAUAGUGUAUUUGGAUGUGUAAAAUUUAUAUUUUCUGCAUUGAAAUAUUUUGUCUAAAUUUAUUUAUUGUAUAAGAUAUAGAAAAUUACUAUUUUUCUAUUUUUGGUCAGUAUUAACAGUCAUUAUUGUUAAUUGAAAAAAGAAGUUCUGAGUCCUAAUUUUUCAUUAGUUUUGUUUUUAUAGUCUGAAUAGCAGAUUUUGGAUGCAGGAUCUUUAUAAGUAAUUUAUAUGUUAGAGGAAAUUUUUGUGGCUAUGUAAUAUAGUUGGGCCAUAUUUUCAUAUUGAAUUUGACUAAGAAAAUAUUAACAGAAAUGAAAUUAUUGUUUAAGGGCUUAGGGGUAGGAACCAAGAGUGUUGACCCAACUUUAAUGAAACCUUCUUUAAAAGCAUAUAUAUAUACACACACACACACACACACACACAUACACACACAUACAUACAUACAUACAUAUAUUAUAUAUGUGUGUGUAUAUAUAUAUAUAUAUAUAUAUUCUUUGGAAAGUGAUUGGAAUUCUAAUUGCUGUUUCUUUGGCUUUAAAAAGUCUUUUGUUUAUUUUAGUAUAUAAUACCUGUUUUCAAAAUAAGCAUUUUAAUUUGUACAAGAGAAACUGUUAUUUAAGAUCUUUAUUUUAGGAUUAAAAAAAAUUUAAAUGUCCCUUUUCUAAGUACAUGUACUAUAUAGUACAAGGGCCAAACUAAUGAUAUUUUAAGUUGAUGACUUGAGACACAAUAUUACUCAAAAAAUGAGGGUUUUUUGUCUUGCAAGCUAAAAGUGCCUCAUUGUUGGAAUGAUUAGGAAUUUUCUCUCCAUUCUACACUUUCACUGCCCAAAUAGUCAGAAUUUUCUUCAUGUCAUUAGGCCUGUAGGAACUCCAGAAACCUGCAAAGUCAACUUUUAAGUUCUGUUUUUGAAGAAGUGUGUACAGCUGGUUCUGCAAGGCUUAAUUUUACCCUCCACUUCUUUGGCUAAUAUGGAUCCAGGAAUUUAGAAGGUGACCCAUUGUGGGCAUUGAUGGUUCCCAUAAGGCUACCUAUUAAGUAAGGUACCUUUAACCUGACUCAUAGAGAACAGGGUGUCUAGCUCAUUACUGUGCCCCACAAGCUAUCCUGUCCUCAAAACCAUCUCUUCCCGGUCCCAUACAUUUAGGGUAUGGUAUGGUGGUCACAUUAGAAAGCCUUUAACUCAUUUAGAUAUUCAUAUUAGUCAGUUAGUAUUAAUGUCAAGUAAUAUCUCUAGCUUUUGUUUCCAUGACCAGCAUACUCUAAUAGGAAUUUUAUAAGUACUAUCUAAAACUUAAUAUGGUAGUACUUGCUUCCUCUUUCCCCUUGUUCUCUACCCCUCCUCAUACCCUCCACAAAAAAAAGAACACCCUGGAUGAAAUUAUUUAAAUCAAAUUUACAGGAAUGGAAUAGUGAUGUAUGUUCAUCCAGUCUAUCCAAUGAAGAAGUUGGAUUAAACAUAUUUUUGAUAAGGGAUAAAAGAGGCAGAUACAUACUUCUCCAAUUUUAAAAAUGUUUUCCCAUUUAUCUACAUGUGAUUUUAUUUGUUUGGAAUUUUCAGUUCGUUAGGAUUUUCUUGACAUUCAAGUAACACUCCUCUACACUGGGUAGCUUGGCAGGAUUAUCAGUGAUACGCUAGAUUACUUGUUUCAAUGAAAAUCUGUAUUUUAAUCCUCCAAUUGAAAUAAAUCUUAGCAAAAGAAAUAGAAUUAAUGUUUCAGCAUUCUGUUAGACUUAAAAUGAACAGUUCACAAGCAUAAAAAAAGUGUUAGAAUUUUUGGUGGCUUUUUUGUGAUUUUUCUGUUAAGACAAUGUUAAGUAGAGAAAAUAAGCAAAAUAGAGUAAAUGACAAAGUUGGGGGAAAAUGAUAUACUAUAAGAGUUUUUGUGUAGGAGGAAAAGAAAACUCAAAAAGUCCUUAACUCCAAAAUACAAAGAAACAAAAUAAGUUGUUGAUCUUAUGUAAGCCGUUAUAAGAGAUGCUUUUAGUAUGUUUGUUUAAUAAAUGUGUUUGGAAAAUCUGUAAUUUCUUUGUUGUCAAUUAUAAAUGAAAUAAAAUA